GCUCACUAUCUGGCAGGGGGCGAAUGAGUGUUAGCGUCGUCGUUCCUGCAGUGUGUAACUGUGUGAGACGGUGCCGUAAUGUUUUGUGGGCGCGGGUGACACAGACUCUGAUUUUGUCCAUACCUAGAUCUACAUGUGUAUAUAUGCAAAUAUAUAUAUAAAACGAAGGCCUUAACACACUCAAAAAUAUGGUUUUAUGGUUAUCUGCUACUGUGCAUGACUUCAUCAUUCUUCAUUUUUGAGUCAAGAUCAGUCGCCACCAAAAAGGUUGCAUUCCUGUGAAAUUGUGGUGUGAUGAAAAUGGAAGCCUGAAAACACUACCUUUAAGACGCUGGAUCUCCACUUUCUGCUGUAGUUACUGAUGGCUGCAUGUCUUUGAUCAGGUUGUCUUCAAUCUUGUAUUGAAGUUCACUGGCCGUUGAGCUGAAGUAAUGCUUUAUGGCAACAUGGUUCGGACUGAAUUUUGUAUACGAAAGAAGACUCUUGGAUCUGUGCACACUAAGUCUGGUUCCAUGUAACUCUUAAUAUUAUUACUGGGUGUCACUACAGCAGCUCUCUACAUUGGUUGGAGCCUGUAUAUCACACUGUUGGCACCAUUUAAGUUUUAUCUAACCAAAAGUGAGCUACCUAUCCAGAUGAAUGAAGACCCCAUUUGGGAAGCGAUCCAGUCAGAGGUUAUCAAUUGAUGCAGCAGGUCUUCCUAGUGUCUCUGGCAAUAUGAUGAAGAAGAAAAGUAAUCACAGGAAACAUCGUAGUAAUGUGGGGCCAAGCAAGACAGUUUCUCAUUCACGACGGAACAUUGUAGGUUGCAGAAUUGAGCAUGGAUGGAAGGAACAGGGUGGAAUAACGCAGUGGAAAGGCACAGUUCUGGAUCAAGUACCAGUAAAUCCUGCACUUUACCUUAUCAAAUAUGAUGGAUUUGACUGUGUAUAUGGACUUGAACUUCACAAAGAUGAAAGGGUCUUAGGAUUUCGGGUCCUUCCAGAUAGAGUUUCUGUAUCUCGAAUCAGUGAUGUGGAUCUGGCAGAAAUGAUGAUAGGCAAAGCGGUUGAGCACAUGUUUGAAAAAGAUGAUGAUGGAGCUAAAGAUGAGUGGCGGGGAAUGGUCCUUGCACGUGCUCCAAUCAUGAACACGUGGUUUUACAUUACCUAUGAAAAGGAUCCUGUCUUGUACAUGUACCAACUUCUAGAAGACUACAGAGAAGGAGAUUUACGUAUUAUGCCUGAUUCAAAUAAUGAUUCUCCGCCAGCUGAGAGAGAGCCAGGAGAAGUCGUAGACAGCUUGGUGGGUAAACAAGUCGAAUAUGCCAAAGAAGAUGGCUCAAAGAGGACUGGCAUGGUCAUCCAUCAAGUAGAGGCAAAACCAUCUGUGUAUUUUAUCAAGUUUGAUGAUGAUUUCCACAUUUAUGUCUAUGAUUUGGUAAAAACUUCUUAGACACACUUCAUAGUGGAAAGGCCAUAUUGGCCAACAUAUGGACUAUUACCAAAUGCGGACUUUGAUAGAUUAGGCUUCUAAAAGCCCAGUAAGCUAUUGUGAUUUCACAAUCUCUGCCAUUGACAACAAAUAAAACAAGUUUGAAUCAGCCAAAUGGUUCUACUAAUGUUACCAUUUAUGAUGGUUUGAAUGCAAGAGGGUUACUUGCAGAAGAAACAAUCUAAAACCAGUAUUUUAGAAUAAGGGAACUAGGUUUCCAGGGUACUUUGUCACCCAUGGGAAACAAUAGGGGCUUCAAGGUACAAACCUAAAUUAGGGUCUGGAAAUGAAAUGAGAAAAUGUAUCAGCAAAAGACCAGUUAUAAUCGAACUUUCUGAAUUGAAAAAUAAAAAAAAGGAUUAGACACUAU